UGCAUACGGACGGGAAAGGAGAAUACAGUUGGUAGCGUCGGAAGGAGGAAUGUGAGAUGGGAAACAGCGGAGAAGUGGUCGGCAAAGAAGAGGUUAUCACAAAACUGAAGGACGAUGGCGACUUUGACAGGCUUCGUUUGAAGAUCGUUCGUAAGCUUAAGGAUAACGAAGAGUUACGACAACAUAUUGCUUCAAUUGUGAAACAAUCAGUAGCACUCAAUCGUGCUGGAGCAGAAAAUAUGAAACCUAGACAACUUUCUGAUGUUAUAUAUGAAGAAGUUGGUGAUAAAGUAAUGGGUCAGAUAUCUGAUAGUUUAUGGCAAAUAAUUCGAUCGGGUGAUGGCAUGAAAAAGGAAAUCAUGGAGACGGUGCAAUCUGUCUAUGAUAAACUGGCAAACCCGAAAGGGAAAGAUGAGGUUAUGUUGUCCACAUCUGAUGUGAUGCCAAUUCAGAGACAAGGGGAAACAGCUUCAGCUACUGAGAUUGAUGGUACAUUGCAUGAAAAUGAGCCUGAUGAGCCGCCAGGGUUCACUCUCGGGCAUAAUCAUCUGAAUAAUAACGAGGACCAGGACAAAGGGAAGGUGCAGGUUCAGGUGAAAGGAUUAACUGCAGAAAGGAAGGAAGAUUCCCAUCCACCACAGGAUACUCUCGGUGAAGAUGAUAUUGAUGGCAAUGCCCCCCCUGGAUUUCCAAUGGACGUGGAGCAGAAACCGCCUGCUGAAUGCAGUGAUGAAGACCCUGAUGUACCUCCUGGUUUUGGUUGAUGUAUUGGAAGGUGUUUAUUUUUUCUUAUAUUCCACAGCCAUUGCUGUUGUUCCAUGUUACAGUCGUUAAAUUUCUGUUUCUGAUUAUGAUUAACCAGCUAAAAACAAGAGUCAAUCUGGAGGUCUCUUGACAUCCCAAUCAAAUAUUGGAUGCACUAUUUUAUUUGAUAGUCUUAAGGUCAAACUAUUACCUGUAAUCUUUAGUAGGAACUGCUACCAGGUUUUUCUGACAUGGAUGAUGGAUCUUCACGAUGAAUUUUAUUAAAGUCUAUUGACUAAAA